AGAGAGAGAGAGAGAGAGAGAGAGAGAGCAAAGGAUGGCGGCGGAGACGCUGGUCGGGUACGGCGGGGAGGGGGACGGGGGCGAUGGGGCGGUGGGGGUGGAGGCGGCGUUCCAGGCGUUGAACACCAUCAUCCAGCUCCACUUCGAGAAGAUCCUGGAGAAGAAGCGCGAUGUGGACACGCAGAAGAAGGAGCUAUGGCGUCUCUUCCAGCUCUUCUUCCUCUUCCUCGCGGUGGUGCUGGCCGCCCAGCUGGGGGCGUCCCCCGAUCGCCUCCAGUGCCGCCACUGCUGGGCCCCAAUCGGCCUCCUCUCCCUAGCCCACCUCGCCUUCUACGUCGCCGUCGCCCAAACCCUCCGCUGCAUCAACGGCUUCAAGUACCAGCGCCGCUGCCACAAGCUCACCCUCGCCCUCGCCACCGAUCGCCUCAAGCUCCUUAAGUUACGCUUCUCCUCCUCCUCCUCCGCCUCCGCUGCCGCCGCUGCCGGCGCCGAGCCCCCUCCCGUUCUCCCCUCCGACUUCGAGAUCCACUACCAGGAGCCCCCGGAGAGUUACCUGGGCAAGUUCAAGCGCAGCUGGGCCCUGCACUUCGGCUUCCUCAUGUGCACCUUCGGCUUCAUGGUCUCCGCCUCCGUCGUCCUCCUCUGCUUCUAGGAUCUUCCAUUCCGUCACAUUUUGGGCAUUCCCGGUGAGAUGGACAUGGAUCUGAGAUGGGAGAAGGUACAUGGAUGAGUUGUGAGACUCAUUGCAACGAGGCCCGUCUUCCAUCUAUAGUUGUUUUUGUGGCCACUGAUCACUAAAGAAAGGUGCAAUUAAGAAAAAGUUGCCUGUGUCAGCAGAUCGUAAGUUGGUUCACUAAAUGUGCAUUGCUUCCGAGGGCAUGAGUUCCAGAGUUAGUUCUCCUCCACCCACAAGCAUGUUGAUGAUCUACCAUCAUUGUCUUUGUGGUAGAAGCCUUGCCUAUUAAGCUACCAUCCUAUGCAGCAUAAUAGCUAUACUGAAAGGUUGGAAGUAUCCUUUGUUGCACUUGAUCAAGAGACAGUCGACUGCAAUACUGUGAACUGACUGUUCCUCAGGUUUGUGAUUGGCAGUCUGAAACUUGGAACUCUAACAUAUUGAAAUUGAGGAUGUAUCAAUUUUAUUUGCUGUGAAAUCAUCUGAAAAGGUUAAUCUGAUGGAUGUUAUAGAUUUGUCUCAUCCAUAUUAUUGUACUGAGAGAAACAAACAUCAUGAGAGGUGAUUCAGCUUGCCAACAAAGUACUGAUGAACUUAUCUCAUGUGCAUGUAUUGUUGAUCAUUAAAUGGUUUGUGGUUGACAACUUUUGAGUUUAA